AGGUUUACCGGAGGAGGUCCGGCUAUUUGCUGACCAUUUAAAAACCGUUACCCUAAAAACCCGCAGCAGACUUCUGUUUCUUCCAAAGAAUUUUAUAGGCCAAUGAAAAGAAGCGCUGUACAAACGGAAGUGACGUUGUGUUGAUGCGGGCCAAUCCGCGGCUCCAACACAGACCGUGGGAAGAAGACCCGCCCCUGCUGCAUGUCUAACCAUAGCGCGCUUGAAGAAAACACCUCCGAGUCUGAUCAAAUCACAAGCAGUAACAUGGAGACAGAGCUGUUUAUGGAGUGUGAGGAGGAGGAGCUGGAGCCAUGGCAGCAGGUGGAUGACUGCGUAGAAGAAGACGAGGUGGACUUUAUAGACAGCUACUGUGAGCCAGUUGAGGAUUCUUCGCCCCCCAGUACUCCUCCCUCCGUCCCACCUGCCCCAACAGCUCCGUCUCCACUGCAGAUCGUCUCCUCCCUGAUGCCUCAACCUCAACCCUCUAUCACCACUGCCCCCUCUACCUUCUCCCUCCCUACUAUCUCCACACCCACUGCCUCAGCACCCCCUCUGAUGGCUCAGGCUCCGCCCCUCAUCCUGACACAGACUUCAAGUGGGACUUUUCUCCUCCCAGCAGCCCCUGGUUCAGGCAGUCCUCGGCCCAUCCUCCUGACCACACAGGGUUUCCAGGUACCGACGAUGAUGAACGCCGGUGCUCCUCUGGUUCUGAACCUGCAGCCGGGUCAGACAGUUCAGCCUCUCACUCUGAUCCAGUCUCCCUCCCUGGGUCAGCUGGUCCGGCCCAGUGUGGGACAGCCCGGUAAAGGCCCCGCCCCAUCAGGUGGGUCAGGCUCCGCCUUCACAGCCAUGCAGCUGCCCACCACCCUGACUAUCCGCACCGGCACCCCCGGAUCUGUUAAUCUGGAGGUGACGAAGGUGAGCGGUACCAACUCCCUGAGACUGGUCGCCCCCCAGAGUCUCUCCCCAUCUUCAGCCAAUGGAGUAAUGAAGGCCACGCCCCUCAACAGCAGCACAGCGACUUGCCACACCCACUCUGUCGUCAACGCACCGGGUGUUCCCAUGGCGCCAGCGUCGGGCUCGACCCGGGUGGUGAUGAGUGUGGAGGAGUUCUACUAUGGGAGGUUUGGUGGAGACGUCAGCCUGAGAAAAAAUCCGAUGGGGAACACGGUCUUUACCUGCAACGUCUGCUCCUGCAGGGCCGACAACAACCUGAGGUUGAUGCAGCACAUGCUGCAGCACUCGGAGCUGACUGUCCUUGGAGGAAACCGGGAGAGCUGUGGAUUCUGCUAUCGACAAUUCUCGUCCUCUGCUCAGCUGAAGGACCACCUGGACAGCGUGCAUGGACCCACCCUGUCCUCCCGUCUGUGCCGUAUUUGUGAGUGGGCGUUUGAGAGCGAGCCAGCCUUCCUGAAUCACAUGAAGUCCAAUCACAAACCGGGUGAAAUGCCCUAUGUCUGCCAGGUGUGUUCGUAUCGCUCGUCCUUCUACUCAGACGUCUUGCAGCACUUUGCCAGCUUCCACAGGGAUUCUCUGUUCCUGCUAUGUGUCUUCUGUCUGAAGGUUACCAGGAACUCAGUCAGCUACCAGCAGCACCUGCUGAAACACAAGAUAAGUCAGGGCUUCCACUGCAACAGGUGUCGUCUUCAGUUUGUCUCCCUCAAAGAAAAGCUUCACCACAAGCUGGAAAGCCAUCGUAGCUUCCGUAAACCUGCACAGUUGGAAGGUCUCCCUCCAGGUUCCAAGGUAACAAUCAGGACCUAUGGGAAGGCCAUGCCUUCGAUGACAUCACCAACCAUUAUUCAACCCAACAGAAUCAAGACCGAGCCGCAGAACAUUGCAAUCCAGAAGAGCCCACCACCCCAGAAAUCCCCAAAAUCACUGAACAAGAAAGUACUUAGCCGCAGAGAGUCCAGGUCAACAGCAGGUGAGGGAACAAGGUGUGUGUGUUUGGAGUGUGGAACUGAAGCUUCGGACCUGUCUGCACACUACCCGACCUACGUCCACUGUCUGCUGUGUCCCUACAGCAGCAGCUGCUCCCGGGCCUACGCUGCCCACAUGAUCCACCAUCACGUCAGAAGCUCCAAGGAUAAAGUUCUCCCUCAUCAUCGAAGUCUUCCUCCAAGUGCGUUCCUGCUGCACUGUGCUCAGUGUGACUUCAAGCCUCAGUCAGCUGAUCAGAUGGCUGACCACCUUCUGGCGAACCCGGAGCACGAAAGCGCCAUCUGCAGCAAGUGGGACUUCAUCAAACUGGACGUCCAGUUCUACCACAGUGAAGAGCAGACAUCUUCAGAAGAGCCCGAUCAGAACCAGGUCUCAUCCAAACCUUCCUGGAGGUUAGCAGAUAAUUGGAAAUGUCCACCUGAGAGCACCAAGCCCUCCAUAGCCCUCUUCACACAGCCUUGUGGACCUCACCACAACUUACCCAAGAACUGUGAUGCCAUUGACUUCUUCAACCUCUUCUUCCCCUCGGAGCUCAUUAAGUUGAUCGCCCACGAGACCAACACCCACGCCAAGACCUGCCGCAUGCUGGGCUCCUGCCUUCCGGACUGGGUCCCUGUCACCACCCAUGACAUCAAAGGUUUCAUCGGGCUCGUCAUCCUGAUGGGGAUCCAUAACUUGCCGGAUUUAUCCCACUACUGGUCCUUUACUCAUUAUGACAACAGCUAUGCCUUCUACAGAGCCAUGAGCAUCAACAGGUUUAAGCAGAUUGCCUCUAACAUCUGUAUGGGCAGCUUGAUCUCCAAUGAGCUCCAUGGAUUCAGCGCCCCCAGUGACCCGCUGCAAGUCUUCAGGCCAAUGCUAAACAUUUUAGGUGGUGCUAUGUGGGACGCCUACCAGCCAAACUGCUGCCUGACCAUCGACCGGGCACUGCUGCCCAGUCUGGAGGAGGAUAGCAGCGACACCAAGGUGAACCCAAAGACCCAGCCGCAGAUCUGGCUGCUCUGUGACUCAAAGUCAGGCUACUGCCACCGCUUCUUCAUCCAGCUGGGGCAGAAGGCGGGCCAGGACACAGGCUUUGCUGUUGUGCCAGAACUGAUGAAGGAUCUAAAAAAUAAAAAUCACCAGCUGUUUCUGGCCAAGUCACUCGCUUCCAUCCCACUAAUGCAGAAGCUUCUGGAUGAGGGGAUCUACUCCUGCAGCUCCUUCCCUCCACCUAACCCUAUCCUGCCAGGUGAGCUGUGGGCGGAGGGCCAGCUGGAGAAACCUGGGGACUUCCUGCAGAGACAGUUUGGCCCCCUGCUGGCCACACGUUGGAAGGACACCAAAGAAAUGGGCUGCCUGUCAACAAAUGCAGCUCCAGCUGAAACCGAUACGGUUUGGAGGAGGUCUCCAACCAAGGUGGGGGGACUGGUCCCCAUCAGUCGCCCCAUGGCUUUUCGGCUUCUGCAGGAAAACAUGCGUGGGGUCGAUAUUUGUAAGCAGCUUCUGGCCUGCAACCCACUGGGAGGGAUUCCUCAGGACCGCCACUGGCGGAACAUCUUCUGGUUCUUAAUCAACAUCGGUAUCGUCAACGCCUUCAUUGUGCUGCGUGAGAGCCGCAAAGACAACCCGCCUGCCUGGGUGCACGACGGCCUCUUCAGUCAGGUCAACUUCCGCAAGCGUUUGGGCAUCCAGCUCACAAAGUAUGCCCAGAGAAACCCCGAGAGCACGGAGACGUCCAGCCCCCGCGGGACAAAGACCGAACGUAUAGAUGACUCCAACAAACAAAGACACCGAAUGUCAAAAAUCAGCUUCAUCUCGAAGAGGUGCAAGAACUGCAACCUGAAGAACCUGCGUCAUGAGAGCGUGUACGGCUGCAUGGUCUGCAAAGCAAACCUGUGCAACAAGCCCAGCUGCUUCUGGGAGUUUCAUGGUCUGUCUCCUCUGAACAAAGGAUCCACGAAGGUUGGCUUUCUGAAGGACGGCAUCAGCGGAGAGCUAGAGGUGGACGAGGUUUUGGACAACAUAGAUGAAGCCAUGGCUCCCGUGGAGGACCUGGACUUUUCUGAUGAGGAGAAGCAGGAUGAUCUUGAGGGUGAUGAUGUUAAUGAAAUAAUUAAGGAAGAAGUUUUAACUGAUGUGCAACAACCCACAUCCCCGUUACCAUCACAACCUAACGACUCAGUCCCUCUGGCAGCCCAGACGUCUGCCUCUAAAGAGCGAGAAGACUUCCUGUCUGCCCGUCAGCUGAGGAUCACCUUAUUUGCUCUGUGUGAAGGACUCCGUCAGGCAGUGCGGGUCUUCUCAACAGAUACGUGUCUCAUCCAGUCUUGGCUGAAGGUGGCCAGGAAGCAUUUGAGACAAGGCCAGCAGGAGCAGAAGGUCCAAGCCACCGGCUUGGACCACAUGGUGGCCUGGAUUCUAUCCAUGCGAGAGCAGCAGCUUCCAAUCACAGAGUCCAACCUCUUCCUCAAAGCCUCCACCCUGAAGAAGAAGGGGGCUUUUGGUGACUCUUUCCGGAUCUCCUACAACUGGGCGGUGAGCUUUCUGAUCCAGCACCAGCUGGGUGUCCAAAGAGCCAGCAGGGCGACAUCGGUUGCACGCGUCCUGCCUCAUUCCCUGGAGGCCAAGGUCCAAUCCUUCAGAGAGUUUACUCAGAAGGUCUUCCAGGUCCACCAGCUGACCCACAGCUCUGUUGCUGCCAUGGACGAACUCUGUCUCUUUGUGGACUUUAGUUUAGUUCAGGACAAGUUUUGUCGCUCAGAAGCCCUGAAGCUCAGCGGCUCUUCUCCUCUGGUCACCGUCUUCCUGACUGUCCUGGCUGACGGCUCCAUGCUGUCCUCUCUGGUUCGGACCACUAGGCAGCUGCCUGAAAAAGGCCUGCCGGAGUUCAUCAUACUGGAGACCAGUCCAGGGAAUCGGUCGGUCGAGGAAAUCUUAGAACAGUGGACCAGUAAGAUCUGGCUGAAGCAUCGGACUGGUGCAGCUCUGACCAGCAAAUCCAUGCUGGUCUUGGAUCGACAUCGAGAGCACUUAGCGGAUUCGUUUCUUAGUUCCUUGAGUGCACUGUCCAGCCUUCCAGCGGUGAUCCCUGGAGGCUGCUCCUUCUGUCUUCAGCCCCUGGAGGUUUGUCUGAAGCCUGUCCUGCAACGCUUCCUGCUGUCGCGCUGGUCUGACGUCAUAACCAAGAACCCACCGGAACUGGAGGAAACAGAACCAGAUCAGCUCCAGACUAAUGUGACCCAGAUGAUUGUUGGCUGGCUGGUUGAAGCUCUGACCCACCUGAACGCUCUCCCUCAGCUCUGGAAACAGUCCUUCGACCUGACGGGCAUCAUGCCAAUGUCAGAGGAAGUCUCUGAGAAGGAGGACAGAAAGAGACCAGAGGAGAUUCAGUCUGACCUUCUUAAAACCCUGACUGAGAUCCUCCUGGGUCCAGAAGCAACAGAAUCAGAACCACCAGAGCUCCAGGAACUGGAGGAGCUAGAUGAAACUGAUGAGAAUCAGCCAGAAGAACAAGAGUCGUCUGAAGACAAAAUGGACAGAAAGGAUGAGGACAUGGAGGUAGAAGGAACAGAAAUCAUAAACCCAGAGAGAACACAGAAGGAAGAAAAAGACGGAGAGAAUAGGAAGGAAGGAGACACGGAACGAAAAAGACUUGAAGACAGAGAGAAGGAUGGAAAAUAUAAAACUGAAACAACAGAGGACAAAAAGGAAGAAACUGAGAUAUUAAAGGGAGACAAUUGGGACAGUCGAGAGAACAGAGACGGGAUGGAAAAUAAAAGAACAGAAGAGGAGGAGUUGAACAAGAAUGAGAAAAUGGAAACAGAAGAAACAGACAGGGAGGAGGGAGAGGAGGUGGAGGAGGAGAGAGAGGAGGUGGAGGAGAGAGAGAAGGUGGAGGAGGAGAGAGAGGAGGUGGAAGAGGAGAGACAGAAGGUGGAGGAGAGAGAGAAUGUGGAGGAGGAGAGAGAGGAGGUGGAAGAGGAGAGACAGAAGGUGGAGGAGGAGGGAGAGAAGGUGGAGGAGGAGAGAGAGGAGGUGGAGGAGGAGAGAGAGAAUGUGGAGGAGGAGAGAGAGGGGGUAGAGGAGGAGAGAGAGGAGGUGGAGGAGGAGAGAGAGGAGGUGGAGGAGGAGAGAGAGGAGGAGAGCGAGGAGGCGAGCAAAGAGAGACGAGAGACCCGAAUCGUGAUUGGAGAGGAAGUUGGAGAUGAGUGGAAGCUGACGGUGAAGAGCCGGACUGAAGCCGUCGGUGCUGAUGAAGAGGAAGACAUGAUGGAGGACAGUCUCUUAGGACAUUAGGACCUUGUUUAGUUAGUGGCUUUCACUGAAGACACAUAAAACACAUGAGCUGUGUGGACUUGGGCAGGGGUUCUGUUCAGGUGGACAGUGGACCAGAACAUGACUGGAUCUGUAAGAAGCAACUCAUUGGUCUGCUAGUGAAACUACCCCACCCAGUGGACAGCAGAGGAACUGCAGACGUCCUGGUUUGACCUUUGACCUGAACCUGUUCUCAUGUUGAGACCAGAACCCAGACAGGCUUUAUAGAACCCGUUUACAGACGGGGAAGAACUGUGUGGUGGAAACUGCUGAAGUUUUGUUGUUGGUGACCAAACAAAAAUGUUUCUGUCCUCAAAGAAUUUAAAUUGAUUUUAAAAAUCUGUAUUUUUGAGGAAAUACUUUGUUUUUAUUGAAAAAUAAAGUCAGAACUCUGUUUCAACACAAGCCGACAGGGGGCCGGGUCGGCAGAGAAAAAGACGGUUUGUGGACUACAGUCUAGACUAGACCGACCCACAAGAGGUUGGGACCUGGUCCCCCCAUCUGGAUCUGCUGAAAUAGAUGCUGAAGAAUAACCAGA